AUGCUUGUUGGAUGGAAGAUAUCACUAUUGUUGUAUAUUAUACAGAAAAAGUAUGUGGGUUUUGUUCAAAUUGAUGAAAACACAAUUGACAAAAUCAGUAGUGCACAACCUAACGCCAAGCUAGUGCUCCAAGCCUAUUCUUAUUUCCAGACCUUAAAACCUCAUAUUUCCAAUUAUGAGUGUGCUAGGUCCAAAGUGAACAAAUUGACAAAAGAAUUUCGUGAAUUGAUGAAUAGAGAUGAUGCUGCUCACAAUACUUUCAAGUUGAUUGAGAUUGAGUUGGGGUUGAUGUAUGACAUGCUCUUCAGUAAGGUAGGCACAAUUUUUACAGUAUGUGGAAGCAUUCUCAGACUCAUUUCCAUCUCUUGCAUCGUCACUGUGUUGGUGGGCUUUUUAUUAGUUAAAAAGCCUGAUGGGCAUUUAAAAGGUGAUCUUCCGAUAACCAUAAUUUUGCUAGUUGGAGCCAUUUGUUUAGAAAUAGGUGGAGCUCUUGUGCAACUUGGUUCAGAUUGGGCAAUUGUUUGGGCAUGUACGCAUUACCCGAGUAAGUUGGUCACUCCAGUUUUUAAUCUUCACGAAUUUGUGAUCUCUAAAAACAAAAGAUGGUCUGAGGUUAUGGGACAAUUUAGCUUGCGAAACUUUUGCAACAAAUAUGAACGGACAAAGUUCGAUGACAUGGUGGUGGGUCUAUGUGGCAUCGAAAAAAGAUGGAAGAAAUUCAGCCUACCAUCGCAUAGAGUCGACCAUAGUAUCAAAGAACUUAUCAUCUGUCAGCUUGGUAAGAUAUCACAGAAUGAUUUGGAAGUUGAAACUCCACAGGCUUAUACCAUUAAAAGAGGUGAGUGGACCCCUGGCAAACGUAUUGCCGUUUGA